AGUGGCGUGUUUACAUUGGGAGUGUAGUGUUGUGGUGCUGUGGUGACUCGCAGUGGUGCAUGUGAUAACGGGGGAGUCUCGACGUCAACGUCUCGCCGUAUGAGGACAUGACGCUGGAAGACCCAUUUUUUGUGGUUAAAGAGACAAAUAUCAGUAAACAUAAAUGAAACAACGAUAAUUCAGUAAAAGUGAAGAAGUGAAGCACCUGUCACUGACUGACUGGAUACACACGUGUAAUCGACAAAGUGAGGUGUCGCAGGAUGUGAAAUGAGCCAUCGCCAGUGUGGUGUGAUAAGUGCCGGAGAACAGCGCCGCCUGGACCACUGAGCCGCUGGACGCAGGUGUGAUGGCAGCUGUGGCCGUGAGGAGGGUGCCCUCGCGCUACGCCCCGGGAGGCACGCCAGCGCGUGCCGCCGCCCUCGCCCGCAACAAGAGUGUACGCAAGAGCUUCAAGGAGGUGAAUGCCUUCCGCUACUCCAGCUUUAUUGAUCUCCUCUACUUCGCCUCCAGGAAUGAGGUGUGCAAGGCGCUGAACAAGACCCGCGGGCUGUACCAGCGGUGGGGGGAGCUGCAGCAGCAGGAGGAGGGCGGGGUAGUGGUGGUGGCCACCAGCAGGGAGGAGCUCGACUGGACCAACACUGAGCUGCGCAACGCCCUCCGAUCCAUUGAGUGGGACCUCGAGGACCUGGAGGAGACCAUAGGUAUUGUUGAGAAGAACCCAAGAAAGUUCAAGAUCGACGGUGGUGAACUGUCUUCAAGGAGGACAUUCAUCGAGCACACCAAAGAGGAGGUGAAGUCUAUGAAAGAGAGACUCAACCUGACCAAGAAGGAUAGAGACGUGACUGCCAGACAGGUACCAGACAAGGACACGCCAGUGGAUGACAGCAGCCCCCUCAAGAUGCCUCAGGUAGUGACUCAUGGAGCCACGCGCUAUAGCAGGCUGGUCAAUGAGGCAGAUAGUCCCAACAGUGAGUUUGUGGAAAGAACAAUGGCCCAGCAACAGAUGAUCAUGUCACAGCAGGAUGAGCAGCUUGAUCAGAUAGCAUCAUCAAUGGGCACCCUCAAAAACAUGUCCCGCCAGAUUGGACAAGAGGUGGAUGAACAGGCUGUGAUGUUGGAUGAUUUUGGCCAUGAGAUGGAGAACACACAGAGCAAGAUGGAGAACACACUCAGUAAAGUGGCUAAGGUCAUGCAUCUGUCCAGUGACCGGCGACAGUGGGCAGCCAUUGGAGCAUUAUCUGGGGUGUUAGCUGUAAUUGUCAUCCUUUUUUUCGUACUCUGAGUGAAGUGCUGUAUAAACGUGCUAGUAAUGAGUUAUUCUUAUAGAGAAUUUUAAGGCGGGGUUCCAGGGGGUGUAUACAGUCCCUUAAUUUAUUUUCAAGUUCAUGUGUAGUGGAGCUCAUUUCAUUGACUUAGGAGAUCUGUGUGGAAGUAAUCACUUAUCCGUGAUCUCUCCAUAUAGAUGAAUGUAAAAGAACCUUCAUUAUCCUUAGUCUUCCCGUAUUCUUAUUAUACCCUUUUUCAACUGCUACUUCAUCAUAUAGAGCAUUUAAACUAAGUUUGUCUUCAGGACAUUAUCAUCUCAAACUAAUUAUCUCCUGUUAACAUUAGCAAAGCUCCACCCAUUAACUUUAGGAUAAAAAUAUAUCAAAGAAAUGGCUGAGAACAAAUAUUAAGCUCUGUUUAUUCUCACGAGGCAAUAAAGUAGGCAUGCUGUAGUUGCACACAAACUAGUAGAUGAAUGCAGGAAAAAAAGACAAUGGCUCCUAUAUUCAAUCCUCCUCCUUGAUGCUUUAUUAUAACCCUACUUGUUAGUGGAUCUUCAUCCAACCCAUUUUUAGUUCCUAGGGGUUAUAAUAUCAAUCAAGAGGGCUGGAUAUUGGCAGGAUCAAGUUGCUUUAAAAAUUCACAGCUAAAAGUAUUAUUUUGUCUUUAUGAAUUACACUUUGGUGGUGCCUCUUUCACCUCUUAAGAGAAUUAACAGAGAAUAAUGACCAAAUUGGAUUUUAUUAUUAUUAUUAACUAAGUGCAUAUUUUGGCUCGUGUACAAAUCGUUUGGCUCCGUCUCUAAGAAAGCCAUCAUUAUAUAUUCCCGUUCACAGGAAUUUGAAAAAAAAUAUUGGAAUUAAUUUACACAAGUUAUGAUUAGCAAUGUGAUUUAUAAGUAUUACUAAGGAGAAAUAUCUAUUUUUCUUUUACUUUAGCUAUUAUUAAAUGGGAUGUGUGAUAAUCUGCCAAACUGGUCCUCUUUAAUAUUUUUUUAAUGACAUUUAUUUUUGUUCUUGUGAUUAUAACUGCAUCACAGCUACAGCUGUAUUUAUCAUCACUUUCUUUGAGGCUUAAUUUCUUCAAGGUGCAAGGAUAGCAUCAUCCAUGAAUUUGACUUUUACCAGGACCAGAUACCUAGCACCAAGUAUGCUGUGGCAUUAGGCUGUGGGUAAUUGAAGGAAAUGGGCAGUCAUGUCAAGAUGAUAUGGUGCUCUGGGAAUGUUUUAACUCAAUUUGAUCCAGCACAUUCCUAUCAUUUGAUAAGAUUGACAACCAUGAGCUCAUUAAAUUCUGAAUCAAAUUUUAAUUGCAUCUUCAGUUAACUUUUAGUGUGUGUGUGUGUGUGUGUGAUAUAUAUAUAUAUAUAUAUAUAUAUAUAUAUAUAUAUAUAUAUAUAUAUAUAUAUAUAUAUAUAUAUAUAUAUAUAUAUAUAUAUAUAUAUAUAUAUAUAUAUAUAUAUAUAUAUAUAUAAAAUGAAUAUGAAAGAUUCACUAACAUUAAAUGUUUGAUACAAAUUACAUCCAUAGGCAUUUGAAUUAUCUUAUGAAGGAGAAAAUGUGUUGAGUUAAAGGGAAACUGUGUGGUGCUGCAAUAUUUAUCUUCAUUUUUAAGAGUAAUAAUAAAGUUGGGUGUGUAGAAAUAUGGAGCAACUCAUUUCUUUGCUGCUGACUGGUACUGAUAAUUUUUAGGUGGGAAAUAAAUUUCAAAAUGUAGAAAAUAUUGAUCUUGUUUUCUUCAAAGUAAUGUGAAAGUUUGACGACAUCUUUUCCACAUAAUUAAUUAGGAGUGCAAUGAAGGCUCAAAGGUAAAGAUAUUAAGAUAAUAAGGUUGUUUAAAUCCUUCAGAAUCUAAUUUUCCACUGAUUUUUGGUACCUUCAUUCCUACCUGUAAUAUAUUGGCACACAGAUUUGAUACAUCUGAACGAAGUAUCUACCUCAUAUUAUAUAUAUAUAUAUAUAUAUCGGGCUGAAAUUCUCCUUAAAGGUGGAUAACUUUGACAUGACAUCUUGCCUAAUUGUAGGAAUAUAAUUAGAGCAACUUCCAAUGCACCCACAAGUGUGCAGCCACAACCCAUCACUCCUACCAUUAGUGAAGUAAGCGCACACCACUUGAACAAAAUUAAUUGAACAAUUAAAAUGAAGAUAAUUUGUACUUUAAAAUGGAAAGAUCAGGGAAUCCUGGCAGUGACAUACCUGUUGGUGUUUAAUUCCAUGAUAUAUAUCAGUAUGCUCCCACUUGGAGGCUCUUGUCAGCAGCACAUUAUGCAUUCUGGGCAGUCAUGAAAAUAUUUGCAUACUGCCUGAAACAGUCAAUAUAAAUCGUAUUGUAGAACUAAAUAAAUGGAAGGAUGAGUAGAGACCAAUUGCAAGCAACAUGGCUCAGGUCAAGGUCAAGUAUGGAUAUCGACGAUAUUUAUGAAAUCCAGAUUUCUGAAGUCUGUAUCUUUGAGCUUGAAUUGCACUUUAUGAAUUAGUUUUUUAGUUUGGGUUUUCAAUAACACAACUCAGUAGGCUUUAGUGCAAUAACACUGUGUUGGUUGUUUAAGUGGAAGUGAUCUAAGCAUGAUGUAUUAUUAUCAGUAAAUUCAAUCACAUUGGGAAACACUAACAUGUAUGUAUCAUCUAAGGAGCUACAUUUAUUGUUAUUUUAUCUGAUGCAUAUAAAUUCCCUUUCCCAUACAUUAAAUGUGCUGAUUAUAUUUAGAUGCGAGCACUGUAGAAAGGCCUGUAAAGUAUCUGCUUUUUGUAAUCAUGACCUAAGUGUUUUUAUGAAACCAUUUGUAAUGACACUACUCCCUAAUGCUGGAGGAAAAAAAAAGUGUCAGAAUUGUACCCUGGGGAUUAGACUGUAUGCCUGUCCUCAGCCUGCAAGGUGCCAGUAUCCUGAUGAGCUAAACAUAACCUCAAGUCAGCAUUCCAGUCUGUAUCUUUUGAUGAAAUGACAUGUAUAAAUCUAUCUUGGCAGCUUCUGUUAAACUUGUUUUAUGUUUUAAAAUAUUAUAAAGUCAUAUAAAUAGA